GAGGAGGAGAGAAAGGCAGCCCGCUGUCCAAUGACAGCGCUGGAUGCUGGAAGAGGCUGCUGGGCUUGAAUGGAGGCGACGAGAUGCCAUCUAGAAUGACCAAGGAGGCCAAUUGACAUCUAAAAAGAUCUGACUUUGAUGUGUCCUAAGCCACGAUUCAGACAUGAAAUAAGUCAUCCAUGUUUGGCUGAAAAAAGUCAGAGCAAUCUCAUUUGAGCACGCCCCUGUUAAAGGACCCUCUGGUGGCUACUCCUCUGAAUCACGGGACAUGUACGGCAGUGCCAGAGCUGUAGGUCAUGUAGAGAGCAGUCCUGUACGGUCCCCGCGCCUUCCAAGGUCUCCCAGACUGGGCCAUCGAAGGGCACACAGCGGGAGCGGGGGUGGUGCGGGGGGCAAGACCCUCUCCAUGGAGAACAUCCAAUCACUCAACGCUGCCUAUGCUACUUCAGGGCCCAUGUACCUGAGUGACCACGAGGGCGUGGGCUCCACUGCCACCUACCCAAAAGGCACCAUGACUCUGGGUCGCGCCACCAGCCGGGCCAUGUAUGGGGGCCGCGUCACAGCCAUGGGCAGCAGCCCCAAUAUUGCUUCAGUGGGGCUGCCUCAUGCUGACCUUCUGUCUUACAGUGACCUGGGCUCCCUCUCCAUGCUGCACGCCCACCACCACCAGGGGGUGCCCUCGGCUCUGCUCAGGCAGGCCAUGCGGGGCAGUGGUGGCGAGCUGCUGGAGAUGCAGGCCCAGCUCAGGGAGAUGCAGAGGGAAAAUGAGAUGCUGCGGCGAGAGCUCGACCUGAAGGAGAGUAAGUUGGGAUCUUCCACCAACAGCAUUAAGAGCUUCUGGAGCCCCGAGCUAAAGAAGGAAAGGAUCAUGAGGAAAGAGGAGGCGGCACGCACGUCCAUCCUGAAGGAGCAGAUGAGGGUCACUCAUGAGGAGAAUCAGCACCUGAUGGAUGCCAGGAGAACCAAGCAUCUCCAGAUGACCAUCCAGGCUUUACAGGAUGAACUGCACACACAGCGAGACCUCAACCACCUGCUUCAGCAGGAGAGCGGGAACCGAUCUGGCUCAGAGCAUUUCACCACCAUCGAGCUGACGGAGGAGAACUUCCGCCGGCUGCAAGCUGAGCACGACAGGCAGGCCAAAGAGCUUUUCCUUCUUAGGAAAACCCUGGAGGAGAUGGAGCUAAGAAUAGAGACCCAGAAACAAACGCUUGGUGCCAGGGAUGAGUCCAUUAAGAAGCUGCUGGAGAUGCUGCAAAGCAAGGGGCUGCCUCCUGGGCCGGGCAGAGCAUCCGAAGAGGAAGAGCAGGAGAGAGCAAGGCGUAUUGCUGAAGCAGAAGCCCAGCUUGGACACCUGGAAGUAAUUUUGGAUCAGAAGGAGAAGGAAAAUAUCCAUUUGCGUGAGGAACUGCACAGAAGAAAUCAGCUUCACCAGGAUCCCAGUAAAACCAAGGCCCUGCAGACCAUCAUAGAGAUGAAAGAUACCAAAAUUGCUUCUCUGGAGCGCAACAUUCGAGAUCUGGAGGAUGAGAUCCAAAUGCUGAAGGCAAACAGCUUACUAAACACAGAGGACCGAGAGGAGGAAAUCAAACAGAUGGAGGUCUACAAGAACCACUCCAAGUUUAUGAAAACCAAGAUUGACCAACUGAAGCAGGAGCUGUCAAAGAAAGAGUCAGAGCUGCUUGCUCUGCAGACCAAGCUAGAGACGCUCAAUAACCAGAACUCGGACUGCAAACAACAUAUUGAGGUCCUCAAAGAGUCUCUCACUGCCAAAGAGCAACGUGCUGCCAUCCUGCAAACAGAGGUGGAUGCUUUACGCCUGCGUCUGGAGGAAAAGGAAUCCUUCCUGAAUAAAAAAACUAAACAGCUGCAGGACCUGACCGAGGAGAAGGGAACUCUUGCUGGAGAGAUCAGAGACAUGAAGGACAUGCUGGAGGUUAAGGAAAGGAAGAUUAAUGUCCUGCAGAAAAAGAUUGAGAACCUGCAGGAGCAGCUGAGGGACAAAGACAAGCAGCUGGGAAACCUUAAGGACAGAAUCAAGUCUCUGCAGACCGAUUCCAGUAACACAGACACUGCCCUGGCCACCCUGGAGGAGGCACUCUCAGAAAAGGAGAGAAUUAUUGAGCGAUUAAAGGACCAAAGGGAGAGGGAAGACAGAGAGCGUCUGGAAGAAGUGGAGUCCUAUAAGAAGGAAAACAAAGAGUUGAAGGAGAAGGUCAACAGCCUGCAGAUAGAGCUAACAGAGAAGGAAUCCAGUCUGAUUGAUCUCAAAGAGCAUGCUUCAUCACUGGCGUCUUCUGGACUUAAAAAGGACUCAAAGCUUAAGUCCCUGGAAAUUGCCAUUGAGCAGAAGAAAGAGGAGUGUAGUAAGUUGGAGACGCAGUUGCAAAAGCAAGCUGAGCAGCUAUUCAGUCACAUGAACAAUCCUAAGGCUCAUGAGGUAGACCACCAGCACUCAGGCUCCCGAGGAAAUCCGGAGUAUGUGGACCGUGUAAAGCUGCUGGAAAAGGAAGUGAGCUACUACAAAGAUGAGGCAGGCAAGGCUCAGUCAGAGGUGGAGAGGCUGCUGGACAUACUGCGAGAGGUGGAGACAGAGAAAAACGACAAGGACAAAAAGAUUGCUGAGCUGGAAAGGCAAGGAGGCAAGGAUCAGACCAAGAAGGGUUCCAACAUCAAACUGGGACUACAAGGGGACAAAAAAGGCUUAGGACAAGAUCCUCGUAAAGACAGCUCCUUAGAAGGUGGUCAUCACUUAAAGCUGGAGGAGCUGAUGAGCACACUGGAAAGGACAAGGCAGGAGCUGGAUGCCACCAAGCAGCGUCUCUCCUCCACACAGCAGUCUUUGCAGGAGAGGGACACCCAUCUGACCAACAUGAGACAGGAGCGCCGGAAGCAGCUUGAGGAAAUCCUUGAAAUGAAGCAACAAGCUCUUUUGGCAGCCAUCAGUGAGAAAGAUGCUAAUAUUGCAUUACUGGAACUGUCUGCGUCCAAUAAAAAGAAGACCCAGGAGGAGGUGCUGGCCCUGAAAAGAGAGCGGGACAAACUAAUGCAUCAACUUAAACAACAUGUUAGUAGCACUGCAAAGCUUAUUUCAAACAUUGUUAACAUAUGGAUCAACUUGCUAAACAAGCUUGUUUGA